AUGCCCCCAAGGAGGCUUUGGGCUCGAAGGCAAGCGGCUGAGUGGAGCCCAAAUGCGCUCGUGACCGUCGGGGAACUUGAGGUACAGAGACGGCUUUCGAAAAUUCAAAGGGUUUCCAAGGCAGAAGGUUUUAAGAGGGCGAUGGAACAGCUCCUCAUGCUCAAGUCUGGCUGUGAUCAGGAGGAAUUGAAGGAAUGGAUGCAGUUCGCUGAGCUCGCGCAUGGUGCGUCUGCGUAUUCGCGUGAUCCGAACCGUUUUCGUGCAUUGAGCGACAACUGGAAGAAGUCCGUGUUGGGUAUCAGUGGCGAGUUCAACCGCAUAUCAGCGCCAUUCAGAGAACUCCGGCAGGGAGCUCAUCUCUUAACCGUGUCACAUUGCUGGGAAUCGAAGCAACACCCGGAUCCAUGGGGCAGCCAGCUGCACAGAUUAGUCAACAUCAUUUCAGAAUAUCAGGAAUCCGUCUUUAAAGAGACGGGAGAAGAUGCCGAAUGUUGGAUUUUCAUCGAUUUUAUCAGCCUCCCGCAAUACCCGCGCACUCCCCAGCAGCAGCAGUUCUUUCAGCGUGCCAUGAGGUCAAUGCACAUGUUGUAUGCGCACCAGGCCGUGGACCGGGUAAUUCGCUUGGAGGAGCUUACUUCUGAUUUCGAAAAGCUGUUUGCGCCAAACUUCAUCGACAUUUACCAUGAGGAAGUGCAGCCGCAGCAUCAUUAUAUACCGACAGAGCAGACUCACGGUGUGCCAGACAAGGCUGGCCAGUUUGGACCGCAGGCUUUCAGUAAGCUAGAACUGAACAGUACGCCUUACAACGCCAGGGGUUGGUUUAUUGCUGAAACGCAGUGGAUGAGCGCGAGCAGCUGUAUUCACGGCUAUGCUCCGAUGCUCCCAGCUACUUUUCAAAAGCGUGUGCAGGAGAUCGCUUUGAGGUUUACACACCGAUCCGAUGCGAAGGCUGUGAUGGAACUGCAAGAAAUGGUAUUUUGGAAGAAAGCAACUGCUUGCAGACAGCUCGACGUAGCCUGGUUGCCCCGCGACGAGUUCCUGCUGCUCACCGAGGCCCUGCUACAUUACGUGAACCUGAUCUUUCACUGUGACAUCGGGUCGGAGCUCGCUGCAGCACUGGUCAACACACUCAGAAGCCUCGGGGAAUUACGUUUGGUCUGGAUUAUUCAGUGCAGCAUUAGGUUUAGG